ACCCCAGCAACGCGCAUGUGCCGAGGACCAUAGAGGUAUACGGCUAUGGCGUGGAACACAUAUCAUUUAGCAAUGGAUGCCCCGUCUUGAAGAAAAUUCUUGGCUCUGUUCUCUCCGUCCGGUUCUCUCUAAACAACUAGUGUCCAAAGCUAAAAUCUAAGAACUUUAUUGCUUUGGAUCUCGGCUACUGCAGUGUUUAAAACACAAUGGCCCUCGGCGUCGGCCAUCUUGGAUUGGGGCAGAAACGUUAACCAUGGGACCGCCCAGCACGGCGCCGGCCGAAGCUCCGAGAAGGAAAGAGUCCCCCUGGUGGCCGGAAGCGGAAACGAUGCCUUCCUUUCUACUUUCCAUAGAGAAACAGCCUCGGGCGGACCGUCGGAGGAGGAGACUGAGGCGAGAGGGAACGACGCUCUAGCCGGCGCCUCUCGGAUUCUAAGAGGGGGCUGGGCCUAGCUCCUUCCCAGUAGUUGGAGCACGAGGGGCGGGGCGGGCGGUCACCAGGGCCCGGAGGGCAGCGGGGGAGGUCCGAGAUUACUGGGGGCUCGGACGGAGACCACCGGACUCCUCCCUUCCUGUUCCGACUUCGUCCCCUCCUCCCGCCGCGUUUGCUUCCCCAGGCCGAUGCAGCCUUCCCCUCGGCCUCAGUAGUUCUUCCUGCCUCCCCGCGCCGCCUGCGCCGGGUUGGACGAUGCCCAAGAAGCUGCUGCUGCUGCCCCCGCUGUCCGUAUCCUCAACCUUUCGCGCUCUUCGAGCCCGACCCGCCGCCUUCCCAACCAUGAACGCCGCCCGUACGGGAUACCGGGUCUUUUCGGCCAAUUCCACCGCCGCCUGCACCGAGCUGGCCAAGCGCAUCACCGAGCGUCUUGGUGCUGAGUUGGGAAAGUCUGUUGUGUACCAGGAGACAAAUGGAGAAACAAGAGUUGAAAUAAAAGAAUCUGUUCGUGGUCAAGAUAUCUUCAUUAUACAGACAAUACCAAGAGAUGUGAAUACGGCUGUUAUGGAGUUACUGAUCAUGGCCUACGCGCUGAAGACUGCCUGUGCCAGAAAUAUUAUUGGAGUCAUCCCUUACUUUCCCUACAGCAAACAAAGCAAAAUGAGAAAGAGAGGUUCCAUUGUGUGCAAGCUCCUAGCUUCCAUGUUAGCCAAAGCAGGUUUAACACACAUUAUAACUAUGGAUCUUCAUCAAAAGGAAAUACAAGGCUUUUUCAGCUUUCCUGUGGACAACCUUAGAGCAUCACCUUUCCUACUUCAGUAUAUCCAAGAAGAAAUUCCAAAUUACAGAAAUGCAGUCAUCGUAGCCAAGUCUCCUGAUGCUGCAAAAAGGGCCCAGUCCUAUGCUGAGAGACUCCGCCUGGGUUUGGCUGUAAUACAUGGAGAAGCUCAGUGUACAGAGCUCGACAUGGAUGAUGGACGUCAUUCUCCUCCAAUGGUCAAAAAUGCCACUGUGCACCCUGGUCUUGAGUUGCCUUUGAUGAUGGCCAAAGAAAAACCACCAAUCACUGUAGUUGGAGAUGUUGGAGGAAGGAUUGCCAUCAUAGUGGAUGACAUCAUUGAUGAUGUGGAAAGUUUUGUUGCUGCUGCUGAGAUCCUCAAAGAGCGAGGUGCCUACAAGAUUUAUGUCAUGGCCACUCACGGCAUCUUGUCUGCAGAUGCACCCCGCCUAAUUGAGGAAUCCUCCAUUGAUGAAGUGGUGGUGACCAACACUGUUCCUCACGAAGUACAGAAGCUGCAGUGUCCCAAGAUAAAGACUGUUGAUAUCAGUUUGAUUCUUUCAGAAGCGAUACGGAGAAUCCACAAUGGGGAAUCCAUGGCUUACCUAUUUAGAAACAUUACUGUAGAUGACUAGAAUCCAGACUUGCUUUUGUUCUGGGGCUUUUGAGGAAAAAAGGCAUGGCCAUCAGUUAUUCAAAUGUUUCUUUGUGGGGAGGAGAGUGCUAGAGGUUUCUUGGAGUGAUGGUGGAGAAGCAAAAGAAAAUUAAAUUGAGCAGUGUUUAUACCAGAAACUCUUUUGCCAUGUGGAGAGGCAUUGUGACAGUUGUUGAAAAAGGAAUGAGUCAGCAGGCUGAAGGAUCUCCUACCAAGCCAUUUCUUAUGAAAGCCAUUAAGUCCUGUGCUUAAAAUGAAUCCAUUUCAAAGACAUAAGUCUUCGUUUCAUAACCCAAGUAAUUUGUUUAUUUCUUAGAAAAUGGAUUUGUUUCAUUGAAACUCCUUCUACAAACAGAAUACUUAUCCGUAGUGUUCAUUAAUCAAGUGUCUGUUUCCUUAAGAAAGGAGUAAGUAUUCUGUCACUUAAGCAAGAAUGUGAGAUUUCCUGGGGCUAAAUAGAGUUUACAUAUGGGGUAGGAAGUAGCACAGACAUAUCAAGAUUAGGCUGUCUAGCCUGUGAAUCUGGCCACCUACAUAUGCAGGUUAUGUUGCAAAUUAAAUAACUUGAUCUUUACCUAACCCUGCCUUACUGCAGAAACCCAUCAAGUGUGCCAAGCCCUCCCCGCAUUUACCCACCCCAUCUAAUGUCCUUUCCCAUCCUACUGCGUGAAUGAGGAAUGUGUAUAAUGAGUAUUUGGGACUAAAAUGAUAAACUAUAGCAUUACAAAUUGCGUGGCAAUAUGAGAUUAAAAUCCCUCUUUAUUAGCUCACAGUACUGGGUGCUGUGUGAAAUGAAUAGAUUCAUGCUUUACAUGGAUUAACUAAUCUCAUCCCUUCCACUUGGGGACCAGUCAUCUGUGGGAGAUGAGAGUGUAGCUUUCCUCCUAAGCAGUGAAGUCACUGACCUAGAACUCAUUCCAUUUCAUUCAUGUUUGAGGGUUGUUAAAAAGCACAAACAGACUACUGUGCAAUUGCAAUUAUUCUUUCUCCCAGCUUGAAGGUUUUCUUCUCUCCAGUAAGUUCCUAACUCUCCAGAUAAAACUUGUUAACCAGUUUAAUUUCGCUCUUCCAGAGCUGCCUUAUACUACUGAUACUAAAUAGAGUUUUGGUUGGAAAGACCCUAAGGAUUUAGGAAAAGCAGUACAGUUUGGGUGGCGCCCUAGAGGUCAACUAGCUGUGUAGCAUUGAGAACACUAUUUCACCCCCCUGGACAGAUCAUGCCUCCAUUGUAAGCCAGGAAGGUAUGGAUUGGGGUCAGCUUCUAGACUCUUUUGGGCUCUUUACCACUUAGAAAAUUUUGCAUUCAAUUCUAAUACUGGUAAACAUUCUGUAUUGAAGUACACAAUUCCCUUGUGGCCAAAAUGUGUUAUUUCUCCACUCUUGUCAAAGUUUGGUUUCUGGAAGGCUGGUUUCAGUAAUUCUGGAGAAAAAUAAUCAAACCCUUGGUUCUCCAAGGGUUAACUCUUGAGCUGAGCCACCUGAGUAUUGUGGUCCUUGCUGUCAUAGGAAUCUGUUAGGGUGUAGAGAGUUGGGUUUUUUUUUUUAAGUUUAAAUGAAUAAAAUGAGGAUGGAGCACCUGUUCGAUCAAUUUUCAUUGACCUUUCAAGUCUGUGAAACAUUAGAUGAGUUAACAUUCCUUUUUUUUUUUUUUUUUUUUUUUGAAAUCAUCACUACCCCCAUGUUAAGUCAUGAGAUCAUGUUCAUCUGUGCCAUGUUGAAUAAAGAGAACUAGUCUUUGACUUGACAUGUUCUGACUCACCAAAGUAAGGCAGACUUCCUUUAAAUAAUGAACUCCAGCUGCAUUUUAAAUAGAUGGGAUUUUUUUCUUUCUGCAACAGUUUAACAAUACUGUAUAAUACUGUAUACCAGAUUUGAAGUUUAAAAAAAAAACCCAAGCUUGGAUUCUAAUCCUACCUAAUAACUUAAUAAAUUACUGACUUUCCAGCAA